CCCGAUUUGAAGAAUCAUAACGCUUCUCCAGAUUGCACUUUCGCUGUUAUCACUCGUUGAGCCUCUUGAACACUGGGUCGCUGCUGCCCCGAUGGACGAAGCUGAAAGAGAGAUCGGGUCAGCCAAGAUACCGCAAUUGUUUCCGGAUGCAGUGUACCACAAGCUCACGCCUGCGCCUGAACAUCCACUGUUCAAUUACAACGGGUUUCACCCGGGCCUUACUUUACUCGAGAAGGGCCACAUCAAAUCCCGCGGAUAUCGAGCAUUUAUGCGAGAUGUCGUUUACGAAAGAGAUAUGGCCAUACAGGUCCGUGACGGGGCAAAGCUUUACGCCGAUGUGUUUCGGCCUGCAGACUCGGAGCAGAACCAUGUGCCAGUCAUCAUACCGUGGAGCCCCUACGGUAAGACUGGCACAGGUCCACAAAAUUACGACUUCAUGGCACCUUAUCGUGCAGGCAUCGCUAAAGACCGCACUUCUGGUUAUGAGAAAUUUGAGGCUCCAGAUCCAGCCGAGUGGUGUGAGCGAGGCUAUGCAGUACUCAAUAUCGAUGCUCGAGGAUCUGGUGUCUCUGAGGGAGAUUUGGCCCACUGGGGUUUACAAGAAGCGGAGGAUAUCUACGAUGUGAUCGAAUUCAUUUCCAAGCAGCCAUGGUGCUCUGGAUCUGUUUGUAUGGCUGGUAACUCAUGGCUGUCGAUGGCGCAAGUGAAUUUUGUUUCAAGGCUUUCACAUCCUGCAUUGAAGGCGAUCGCUCCUUGGGAAUCCCAGACAGAUUGUUACAGGCACUUCGUCGCCCGCGGAGGUAGACCACACAUCAAGAAGUUUCAUGAGAUGAUCAAGAGUGGUUUCGCUGGACCUGGGAAUGCAGAACUCGUCGCCCCGAUGAUCUACAAGAGACCUCUCUACGAUGCGUACUGGGAAGCUAAACGCUUUCCUGUAGAGAACAUCGACAACAUUCCGAUGUAUCUUACCGCAUCCUAUUCGUCGAUGUUACACACGCACGGCUCCUUUGGAACUUUCAGAGAUGCAAAAACAACGCAAAAGUGGCUUCGUGUUCAUCCUUACCAAGAAUGGUACGAUAUCUAUAGGCCCGAGAUUAAUGACGAGCUGCAGAGAUUCUUCGAUCGCUACUGCAAAAAUGUUCAUAACGGCUGGGAAUACGAUACUCCUCCACUAAGAUUGUCUCUACUCGGCUUCGAAGACGAUGGUAGUACCGCUCGAACCGUGGUGGAACGACCGGAGGAAGCAUGGCCUCUUGCACGAGAGAAACAGAUGUAUCUCUUCCUUAAUGCUUCUGAUAUGACAAUGAUGAUUGAGCCAGUGCCCGAGGCUUCCUCAAUCAGCUACGAUGGACACAGUCUGGACAGCUCCGCGGACUUUCGAUUUUUCUUCCCAGAAGACACGGAGUUAGCCGGAUAUUCCAAGCUUGUUUUACACGUAUCCUGCAACGAACAUGACGAGAUGGACGUCGUCUGCCAGAUACGGAAGAUCGAUGCUAGCGGACGUCCUCUGCAACACCUCAACUAUCCAGUCCCAGUGGCCAUCGAGGAGAUUGAUGAUUUCAAUACUGCAAAGACGCUCGGUCCCCAAGGUUUCCUUCGUGCAUCCCAUGCGGUCACUUUGGAUGAAGGCAAGUCGCGUGGUAAUGACCUCUUCUACACGCAUGAUCGUCAACAAGCUAUUCCGCCUGGUGAGAUUACGCUGUUGGAGAUCCCAUUAUGGCCCAUCGGCAUGGUGUUUGCUAAAGGAGAAGGAAUAAUGCUCCGAGUGAGCGGCCAUGACAUGUCCCUCCCUGAGACAGGUCUUUGUAUUCUGGAUGAACCCGAGGACGAGAAUGUCGGAAAGCACGUGAUACACACUGGCGGUACGUAUCGUAGUGUCUUGUGUAUACCUACAAUAUGAACAUUGAACCCAUGCCGA